ACCGUGGAGCUGCUGCACGAGGGAACUACAUCGGCGAGAACUGCGCGACGGCGAGAUGAUCAAGAGCGAGUAGAGCUGAAGAAGGCUGCCUGCUCGGCCAGCAGGUCAGCUGCGGUGGCGGCCAACAACAAGGUCACCGACACAGCGUCCACGACUCCGCCUCCGUCGAGGGCUACUACUCCUGAUGCUUCGGCAAGUCCUACUGCUCGUGCGGCUGUCAUGCGUCCCAAGAUCGUCGCCGUCAAUUGCAAGGUGGUCCUCGUGACCGUGGACACGACCGGCAGCGAGACGACCAAGGCCAAGGGCAAGAAGGUGGGCGGCAAGUGGCCCACCAACGCCGGUGAAAGCGGCGGACCUGUGCUGGGUUUCCACAUGCGCGUCACUGCCACGGAUAAGAUGCAGCCCAAGGCCCCCAGCAACACCGUCAUGACCUCGCUGGUGGGCCCGCGUUCGAGGCUGGUGAAUUCGAAUGAGAUGGACAGGAGUGGCAGGACGUUAGACUACGCGUGCUGCAACAACCGGCAUGAUUGCCGAGGUACAGCAUCUUAG